UCUCUCUCUCUCAUCGUUGCUCGUCUCUUCUGGGUCUCUAUUGGCUCUCCAUACAAAGACAGAGGAAGUGUUCAAUUUCUCUGACGAGGCGAAGAAGAAGAAAUACUGGCGCCGAUUCGAACCAUUUUCGAGGAUUUUUGAGAUGGAACAAGCUUUGGCUGCCUGGUUGUGGGCGUAGUUGGGACAUGGAUUCAAUCUCACCGACAAUGGUGGGUCUACGCAACCCUUGCAACGGCGCCUUCAACCGAUGCUGUCGCUUUCUAUCCUGUCUCUCCGAUCCCGGUCGGAGAUCUUCCCUUGGUUUAAAGGUGGCAUUGGUGAUGUUGCAUCUGGUGUACGCUGGGAUUCUAUUCAUUUUCGAUAAUGAUUUGAUAGAGAAGACGAGACGACAACCAUGGUACACAGCACUAUACCUCCUGUUGUUUGUCGCUGCAUUGGUCCAAUAUUUUGUGACUUCUUGUUCUUCUCCUGGCUAUGUUAUUGAUGCAAUGAGGGCAGCUAAUGAGACUAAUCCCUUACUUAGAAAGGCAACAAUGACCUCAAGACAAUAUGCUCCAAGCAAAAAUGGCAGCUUUGUCAUUACAGUGGACGGAAAAGAGUUGGGAAGAAAUCUUUUAGAGGGUAAUGUAACUCCUUGGACAAAACUGGUGAUGGAGAUGUACCCUUCUGGAUCAUCUGCUAGGUCAUGGACUUGCACUCACUGUAACAUUGUGCUGCCCCCGCGUGCAAAGCAUUGUCAUGAUUGUGAUAAGUGUGUUCUACAAUUUGAUCAUCACUGUGUUUGGCUAGGGACAUGCAUUGGCCAGGGUAACCAUUGUCGUUUUUGGUGGUACAUUUCUGAGGAAACCGCAGUUUGCCUCUGGACUGGAAUCCUGUACAUUACAUAUCUCAAGACAAAUAUAACAAAGGCGUGGUGGAUAGAUGUAAUCAUGAUCUUCCUGUUGGCUACUUUGGCAAUCUUCCUUGUUUUUCUGCUGCUGCUGCUCCUUUUCCACAGUUAUCUUGUUCUAUCAAAUCAGACUACAUACGAACUUGUAAGACGGCAGCGCAUUCCCUAUCUCAGGAUGAUUCCUGAGAGAGUGUAUCCAUUCAGUAAAGGAGCAUUCAGAAAUUUGUACAACUUUUGCUGCAUUAGAAGUAGCAUAUACAGAUUGGAACGUCUGCCAACAGCCCAGGAACUUGAAGAGAAUUCGGAACCUCACAGGUGCUUGAAUGUUGUAUGCUGUCAAUGCUGUUGCUGAUAAUUUGCACAGUGUAUCGUUCGCCGCUUUACAACCCUCGGGGGGCUGGGCUUCUUGUGAUCUUCGAUUGAAAAUGAAUCCAUGGGUUCUGUUUAUGUAGUCGUCAUCUUGUAAGGCAUCAAAAAUAUGGUGCUCCUGUUUCUUGGUGGCAUGGGUUUGUUAGUUGUUGAGAUAACUUAAAAAUCGGGAAAUUCUGGACUUUCUUCUGUGCUAUCAAACCAUUUUUGUAGUUUGGUUUGCACCUUCAAAUUGAACCUUACAACUAUAAGUUUUUUUUUUUAGCAA